UUGUAUUCUGUUCUUUUAAGAACCAAACUGAAAAUUCCCCAAAAUUACUUAUUAUUUUUUUUCCCUUUUGUCAGUCUAUCUACUAACUCUAGCAAUUUAAUUUGCAUUAUUAAGAAUGAUAAAAGCUUAAUCGGCUUUAUCAUCUGACCGAAAAACCUUAAAAAUCAGUUGGGUUUCCUCGUAUGUUUCGAAAGCUAAUCGGAGAAGAGCUCCAAUGCCCGGGAUCUGAAUGCCGUUAAACUACGUCGUUUCGGACCCAAUGCUGACCUCUGCGAGCUCGACGGAGCUCUAAUGGUUGCUCUUCGGCUCAGCCCCCGUCUCCUCGUCCAUUUCCAGCUUUUAGGUACUUUAACACUGUAUUUCAGCUGAAUUGGCAUCCCUUGGGGAUUGGGGCUUGGGGCAUUAGCCAAUCAAAUAACACGUAUGGUUGACCGUUUUAGAGAUGUCUGGAGCUUCCAAAACUUUAUAGAGUAGCCUUGAGAAAAACGACACUGAGAAAAGUGUGGCCUGCAGAGGUAGCAAUUUAUUUAUUUGACUUCAGAUUCUUUGCUCCAGCACUCUCCCAUGAAGUACUGUGCGGCUGCAGUGUUACCUUUCUUUGUUUUCAUCGUCAUUCUUCUUCCUUUGGCUAUUGCUGACCUUGACUCGGAUAAGCAAGCGCUCCUCAAAUUUGCUGCUGCUGUUCCUCAUCUCCGGAACCUCAAAUGGGACCCUGCAACACCUGUCUGCACGUCAUGGAUUGGCGUUAAUUGCACCGAAGACCACACUCGUGUGCUCUCCCUCCGGCUUCCCGGUGUUGGGCUUGUAGGUACUAUUCCAGCCAACACCCUUGGUAAGCUAGAUGCCCUCAGAGUUCUCAGCCUUAGAUCAAAUCUCCUCAGUGGUGAUCUUCCUUCUGAUGUUACCUCCCUUCCUUCACUCCACUACCUUUAUCUCCAACAUAACAACUUCUCUGGCGAAAUUCCUGCCUCUUUAUCCCCCAAACUCAAUGUGUUGGAUCUAUCUUUUAAUUCGUUCUCGGGCGAAAUCCCACAAACAAUACAGAAUUUGACUCAACUGACUGGUUUGAACCUCCAGAACAACACCCUUUCUGGACCCAUACCUUAUAUCAACGCAACUGGGCUAAAGCAUUUGAACUUGAGCUACAAUAAUCUUAAUGGGUCUAUCCCGUUAUCUCUUCAAAGAUUUUCCAACUCAUCAUUUCUUGGGAAUUCUCUUUUAUGUGGACCGCCUCUCGAAACUUGCUCCCAAAUUGUUUCUCCACCUCCGUCUUUCCCUCCGUUACCGGUUAUUCCUCGAAGAAAGAGCACCAAAAAGAAACUGCCAAUGUGGGCAAUCAUUGCCAUUGCAGCUGGUGGAGGGGUUUUGCUGCUGUUUGUUAUAGCUUUAUUUAUUCUUCUGUGUUGUUUCAAGAAAAAGGAUGGUGGGGGUGCUCGUGUUCCGAAAGGAAAGGCUUCUAGUGUCGGGAGGAGCGAGAAGCCUAGAGAAGAGUUUGGGAGUGGGGUGCAAGAACCUGAAAAGAACAAGCUAGUUUUCUUUGAAGGCUCUUCUUAUAACUUUGAUCUUGAAGAUUUAUUGAGAGCUUCAGCUGAAGUGCUGGGAAAAGGAAGUUAUGGAACGGCAUACAAGGCCAUAUUAGAGGAGGCAACAACAGUUGUAGUGAAAAGGUUGAAGGAAGUGGUUGUUGGGAAGAGGGACUUUGAACAGCAAAUGGAUAUUAUUGGAAGGGUUGGACAACACCCAAAUGUUAUGCCGCUCCGCGCCUAUUACUACUCAAAGGAUGAGAAGCUCCUGGUCUAUGACUAUUUCCCGCGUGGAAGUUUGUCCGCUCUCUUGCAUGGAAACAGAGGAGGUGGAAGAACUCCACUAGACUGGGAAACCAGAGUAAAGAUUGCCCUUGGAACCGCAAAGGGAAUUGCCCACAUUCACUCUAUGGGCGGUCCAAAGUUCACUCAUGGAAAUGUCAAGGCCUCAAAUGUCCUCCUCAACCAAGAUCUUGACGGCUGCAUCUCUGAUUUUGGCCUGACGCCUCUUAUGAAUGCACACGCCACUCCUUCUAGGAGUGUGGGGUAUCGUGCUCCCGAGGUGAUUGAAACCCGUAAGUACACCCAUAAGUCUGAUGUGUAUAGCUUUGGCGUCCUUCUCCUUGAGAUGUUGACAGGAAAAGCUCCACUUCAGUCGCCUGGCCGUGAUGACAUGGUUGAUCUCCCUAGGUGGGUCCACUCUGUUGUAAGGGAGGAAUGGACGGCCGAGGUCUUUGACAUUGAGCUGAUGAGGUACCAAAAUAUUGAGGAAGAAAUGGUGCAGAUGUUGCAAAUUGCUAUGGCCUGUGUGACAAAGGUUCCAGAUAUGCGGCCUAGCAUGGAGCAAGUUGUUAGAAUGAUCGAGGAAAUCCGGCAAUCUGACUCAGAGAACCGGCCGUCUUCAGAAGAGAACAAGUCCAAGGAUUCAACUGUGCAGACUCCAUGAUUUCUGUAACUUGUUUCCAAAAUAUCAGUUGAAAAUUCUCUCAUCUGAUCAAGGGAAGCAAGAUUGAAAUAUGUCACGCGUUUAACUUUGCUUGAAAACUUUUUUCAAGCAUUAUUCAAACUUCACAUCCAUGUAUCGCUUGGUAGAGUGUGAAUCUGUCCAGAGUUUCGGUUUCUUAGGGGUUUAGUGCAAUUAGAUUUUUACUUUUGUUAGAUGUUUUUUGCUUUUUGAUGAUUUGAUGUAAUUUGCACAUAAUGAUUUAAUUGAUGGAAUUGGAAACUUUCAUCUCUU